AUUCCCCUUGCAGCCAUGGACUUGGAUAAACCAUCCGUCUGGGGAUCCCUGAAGCAGAAAACUAGACCAUUCCUGCAAAACCUAAGCGUGAAGAAGACAAAGAAGAGAUCUAGCAAAAUGGUGGAGAGGAAGGUCCGCUCCUUGGACCGAUGCCUCAGUGUGUCGGUGCCUGACAUGCUGGAGGUGGAGACUCUUAUGGAAGAAGAAAUGACUUAUUCAAGUACUCAGGUGUUGUCGAGCUGCUCCCCCAAGAGCUUCUCCAGGUCUGUGGUGUCCCUGAAAAGCAGAAGCACUUCAGUGAGGCCAGCCGGAGAGGACUGGCCAUGGGCGCCGCAGCAGGCGACACGCAUGGAGGUGACGGUCACCCAGCCGGACGCGCAAGUCGCGGGCAGCCCCAUGUCCCAGGAGGAGAGGAAAUCCAGCAGUGACCUCUUUGAGCUGCUGCAGAGUGCCCGCCUGAGCGCUGCCCUGUCUGACGAGGGGGCAGAGUACCCUUGUGGAGAAAUGGAUCUAGACUCUUCCAUAUCGUCUCAAAUUUUUGAUGAUCAGAUGGCUCUAGAGGAAGCAAAUGAUUGCUUGAGUGACCUGCCCAGCCCCUUUGCCUACCUGCUGACCAUCCACCUGAAGGAAGGCCGGAACCUGGUUAUCAGAGAUCGCUGUGGUACAAGUGACCCGUAUGUGAAGUUUAAACUGAAUGGGAAAACUCUAUACAAAAGUAAGGUAGUCUACAAGAACAGCAACCCAGUUUGGGAUGAAACUGUUGUGCUGCCUGUACAGACCCUCAAUCAAAAACUCUGGAUCAAGGUGUACGAUCGAGAUUUAACCUCUUCAGACUUCAUGGGUUCGGCAUUUGUAGCGCUCGCUGAACUUGAACUCAAUAGAACUAUUGAACAGGUUUUAAAACUGGAAGAUCCCAACAGUUUAGAAGAUGACAUGGGAGUUAUUGUAUUAAACUUGAGUCUAGCAGUCAAGCAAGAAGACAUCAAGAGAAAUAGAUGGUCAAGUCGGAAGAAGCGAACCUCAUCCAAGUCGAGUUUCAUGCGGAGUGUGCGACUCUCCGACUCUUUGCGCAAGAACCAGUUGUGGAACGGGCUGGUCACCAUCACGCUCUUGGAGGGAAAGGACAUCCCUGGAGGGGGCUUGGCAGAGAUUUUUAUUCUCCUCAAACUGGGAGAUCAAAGAUACAAGAGUAAGACACUGUGUAAGAGUGCAAAUCCUCAGUGGAGGGAACAGUUUGAUUUUCACUACUUCUCUGACAGGAAGGAUAUGUUGGACAUUGAGGUCUGGAGAAAGGAUAACAAAAAGCACGAGGAGCUUUUGGGAACGUGCCAAGUUGACAUUACUGCCCUGCCGACGAAGCAGACCAAUUGCUUAGAGCUGCCUCUGGAAAAACAGCCAGGGUCCCUGCUAAUGUUGAUUGCUGUGGCCCCGUGUACAGGAGUGUCCAUCUCUGAUCUGUGCGUCUGCCCUUUGGGAGACCCCAGUGAAAGGCAACAGAUUUCACAGCGCUAUUGUAUAAAGAAUUCCUUUCAAGACAUAAAGGACAUUGGCUUCUUACAAGUCAAAGUUUUAAAGGCAGUGGACCUGUUGGCAGCAGAUUUUGCAGGUAAAAGCGAUCCUUUCUGUGUAUUAGAGCUGGGAAACGACAGUCUUCAAACACAUACCGUUUACAAGAACCUCAACCCAGAGUGGAACAAAGUCUUCACAUUUCCUAUUAAAGAUAUUCAUGAUGUUCUGGAAGUGACAGUGUUUGAUGAAGAUGGAGAUAAACCCCCUGAUUUUCUUGGAAAAGUUGCCAUCCCUUUGCUGUCUAUUAGAAACGGUAAACAAAGUUGUUACACACUGAAGAAUAAAGACUUGGAACGUGCUUCAAAAGGAGUAAUUUACUUGGAGCUGGAUGUCCUAUUUAAUCCUGUAAAAGCAAGUAUUAGAACAUUCAAGCCCCGAGAAAAGCGCUUCACUGAGGAGAACCGCAAAUUUUCUAAAAAGAUCUUAUCAAGAAAUGUUGAUCGUGUGAAAAAAAUCACCAUGGCAAUAUGGAAUACAAUACAAUUCCUUCGGAGCUGCUUUCUCUGGGAGUCCACGGUAAAGAGCGUGAUAGCAUUUGUGGUAUUUGUGGUCACCGUCUGGAGCGUGGAACUGUACAUGCUGCCCCUGGCUCUGCUGGUGCUCUUUGCAUACAACUUCUCCCUCAUCAAAACAGGGAAGGUCAACAACACCCAAGAUGCCCAGGAGCUUAUGGGCUUGGAUGAAGAUGAGGAUGAAGAUGAUAAGGAAUCUGAGAAAAAGGGGUUAAUUGACAGAAUCCACAUGGUCCAAGAGGUCAUUGUAGCUGUUCAAAGCAUCCUAGAAGAAAUAGCAUCAUUUGGAGAGAGGAUUAAAAACACGUUCAACUGGACGGUGCCUUUCCUCUCUGUCCUGGCCUGCUUGGUCCUGGCAGCAGCAACAGUCAUUUUGUAUUUUAUACCACUGAGGUACAUUGUUUUAAUCUGGGGCAUAAAUAAAUUUACUAAGAAGCUUAGAAAUCCCUACGCCAUCGACAAUAAUGAGCUACUAGAUUUCCUCUCCAGGGUACCAUCUGAUGUUCAAAAGGUGCAGCAUGCUGAAUUGAAACCAUACAGCAGCUCCAGUCCCAUUAGGAAGAAGCGGAGUGCGCUGUAGGAUGCAGCGUGAUUUCGGAAUGCAGCAUCUCCCUCCGUAC